UCUUUGGUUCCCUCGUCCCCUUUAGAAACCCACCCAAAGAAGCCCUUUGUCCCCCUCUCUUCCCCGCCCCUCUUCACCCUCCCAACGUUCGGAGGAUGAGAUGGGGAGUAGACUAAUUAAAGUAGAUCUCCUUCUCCUCCUUGUCAUCGUCUUGUUUCUCUCCUCUAUCCCCCCUCUAUCAUCCUCCGACGCGGCGGCCGGCUACAUCCGCCGGCGGCGGCAGCUGCUCACGUACCGGGGCGAGAACGUGGCUGUGGACCCCACGUUCGCCUUCCCCAACCUACGCCUCCGCGACGCCUACAUUGCCCUCCAGGCCUGGAAGCUCGCCAUCAUCUCCGACCCCCUCAACCUCACCGCCAACUGGGUGGGCCCCAACGUCUGCAACUACACCGGCGUCUACUGCGGCCCCCUCCCCUCCGACCCCCACCUCACCGUCGUCGCCGGCGUCGACCUCAACCACGGUGACGUCGCCGGCUACCUUCCCGACGAGCUCGGCCUCCUCUCCGACCUCGCCCUCUUCCACAUCAACUCCAAUCGCUUCUGCGGCGGCGUCCCCGGGACAUUCCACCGCCUCCGCCUCCUCUUCGAGCUCGAUCUCAGCAACAACCGCUUCGCCGGCAAAUUCCCCGACGUCGUCCUCCGCCUCCCUUCUCUCAGAUACCUCGACCUCCGCUACAACGAGUUCGAGGGCGGCGUCCCCAAGGCCCUCUUCGACAAGGAUCUCGACGCCAUUUUCGUCAACAACAACCGCUUCGUCUUCGACAUCCCGGACAAUCUCGGCAAUUCGCCGGCUUCCGUCGUCGUCUUUGCCAAUAACCGCUUCCAUGGCUGCCUCCCGCCGAGCAUCGGCAACAUGUCAAGAACAUUGAACGAGAUCAUUUUCCUGAACAAUGGGCUCAGAUCUUGCCUGCCGCCGGAGAUCGGCCUGCUCGGAAACCUCACCGUUUUCGACGUCAGCUUCAACCAGCUCGUCGGGCCGCUGCCGAGCUCCAUCGGUGGGAUGGUCAGCUUGGAGCAGCUGGAUGUUGCUCAUAAUCUGCUCUCCGGCCAGAUACCGCCGGAGAUAUGCCGGCUUCCCCGGCUCCAGAACUUUACCUACUCGUAUAACUUCUUCACUGGAGAGCCACCGGAGUGCCUAAGGGUGCCGUCGUUUGACGAUCGCCGGAACUGCCUUCCCGGCCGACCGGCCCAGCGAUCCGAUACCCAGUGUAAGUCCUUCUUGUCCCACUACAUCGACUGCUCCUCCUUCCACUGCGCCCCCGUCAUUCCCUCACUCCCUCCGCCACCUCCUCCUCCUCCUCCUCCCCCGGUUGACUCGCCGCCGCCGCCGUCCCCAUCCCCACCCCCGCCGUCUCCGGUUCAAGUAUCGCCGCCGGCGCCCAUCUACUGCGUCCGGCCCCCACCGCCGCCUCCGCCAAACUCGCCUUCACCUGCUCUGUACUCUCCACCUCCGCCACUUCCUACCCCGCCCUUCUCUCCUCCGCCACCUUCUCCAUCUCCACCUCCACCACAUUACUCGCCACCUCCGCCACCACCCCACUCGCCGCCGAUUCCUAUCUAUUACCGUCCUUCGCCGCUGCCUCCGCCGUACUCACCGCCGCCGCCAACACCAAAUUCCCCCCCGCCGCCUCCGCGCCUACCGCCGCUGCCGCCAUGCAUAGAACCUCCACAAUUGCCACCGCCGCCGCCACCUUCUUCCUUACCAUCGCCAAUAUAUUACCAUCCUUUGCCGCCCCCGCCUUCUCCUUCUCCACCACCAGCAGCAGUUCACUAUGAGCCCCCACAGUCGCCUCCCCCACCACCAUUCCAAUACGAGCCACAACCGCCACCUUCACCAUCCCCACCACCUCCAGUUCAUUAUGAAGCACCCCCUCCAUCUUCGCCAUCCCCUCCGCCACCUCCGAAGCCUUGUGAGUUCCUGCCGCCAACUUCUCCACCACCACCUUCCGUGUAUGAAGGCCCAUUGCCACCAAUUCCUGGAAUCUCAUAUGCAUCACCUCCGCCUCCUCCUUUCUAUUAUUGACUCUUUUGAGUAUUUUAUUCUCGCCCUCCUCCUGCUCUCCACUGGAAUAGUCAGGUAUGAGUUCAUUUAUUUGGGAUUCUUGCGGCGUCUUCUCCAUCGAAUUGUGUCCAUUGGUUUUUCUAUCUUCACUUCUCUUUCCAUCGCCAAGCGCCAAUGGAGAAAGAAGACAAGAAGGCAGAGUGCUUUAUCUGGCUUUGUACUCAAAGCAGCUUGCAUGGAGGUGAUGAAGACAUGGAGGGAAAGAUAUGGCAAGGAUGGGGGGAAUGAUCUCUCCUUAUAUAUUUGAAUUAUGGAUAUUUGAGCUGUGACUAAAUGGCUAUUGGAGGCAGCGAAUCGGAAAGAGAGAGAGAGAGAGUAGGUGCAGGGAAAUGAAUGUGUAGAUAUGGGAUUCAAGUAGACAAAUUGAGGUACCAUCUCCUCUAUUAUACUGUCUUGUUAUUUUUAUUUCAUAAUAUGAUUGUUAUGGAUUCUUAGAACCUGCUUUAUUUUUAUGUUAGCUGGGCUCUAUCAAUUUCCA